AUUCAAUCUCUCUACGCUAGGCCAGGGUUCGUCUUCUCUACUUUCCUCUUCCUCGAUCGCUCUCUCUCGCGCUUGACCUAACAUUGCUACUGUAAGUCCCCCACCUCUGCUGUUCGAACCAAUGGCAUUCUAUCCGGCGUAGGAAUUUCGCUUUUGUUUGUUCCAAUGGAGUCUCGUUCCUAAAUGUUCGUUUUACCGUCUUCCGCUUGCUGCUUCUGCUCUGCAACCAGCUUCUUUCUUUUGGUGAAUUUCGGGCUCCAGUGAGCCCUGGAUCGAUCAUUUGUUCAUUGCUUCGUUUAUUUACCGGGGACGGUUUUCCAGUCUGAUCACUUGAGUUUGUGAUAGUUUUCCCCCCUGAUCGAUUUUGGUGACUAGUGAACCUUUGAGCUGGCUAGGGGUUCUUUUCGUGGUGAUCUGCUUUUUAUGCUCAAUUCAUGGACUGCUUUAUGGUGUAUUUUGCUGGUCUCUCUAUAGCUAUUGACAGCCUGAAUUCUUAAUGCAUUAAGAAUGGACGACGACACAGAAAUUGGGAUGCCCCUCCCUGGUUGGAACAGCAAGAAUCCAACUGAAUCCUAUGUUUUCAUGGUAUCCUGCUUUCUUGCUGCUGUGAUUGGAAUUCUGACCAUAGCUUACACGGCUUUCCAAUGGAGAAGGAAUAUCAAUCUAAGUUGGAUGAAGGCUAUAGCCAGGUCGAAGAAAAAUCCAAAGACGAGGCACAAGGUUCCUGCUGCACCGCAUACAUGGGUGCUUGAGUCCGUGUCUCGUGGAAAGAAUCUGAAUUGUUGUGUUUGUUUAAAAUCCAUGACUCCUUCUCAGACUCUUGGCCCUAUGGUGGCGUCAGAUAGUUUUAUCCAUUGUUGCAGUAUAUGUGGUGCAGCAGCUCACCUUGGAUGCUCUAAUAAUGCACCCAAGGACUGCAAAUGUGUUUCUAUGGUCGGAUGUGAUAGUGUAAUGCAUCAAUGGGCUGUUCGGUGGACUGAGAUAACAGAUCAACCUGAUGAAACAUCCUUCUGCAGUUAUUGUGAGGAGCCAUGUAGUGGAUCUUUUCUUGGCGGAUCACCCAUAUGGUGUUGCUUUUGGUGUCAACGACUUGUUCAUGUUGAUUGCCACAGUAGUAUGUCCAGUGAAACCGGCGAUAUUUGUGAUUUAGGUCCUUAUAGAAGGUUGAUUUUAUCACCACUGUACGUGCAGGAACUUCACCGGAAUGUUCCAGGUGGGUUUUUGAGUUCAAUCACUCAUGGAGCAAAUGAAAUUGCUUCUUCUGUGCGUGCAAGUAUUAGGAUUCAAAGCAAGAAGUACAAACAUGGGAGUGAAAACUCCAUCGACUCGGGCAACAGUGGUAGUAUUGGUGAUCCGUCCACUGAAACCACAGCUGAGACCCAUCCUUGUGCAAAUUCUUGCAAUGGUGGUGAGGAAAACUGUGCUGGUAGUCUUAAUAUGGGGAGUCCUUAUCGUGAUAGUGCGAAUGUGGAUAAUAAGUUGGAAUCAAAACCUAGUUUUAAAAGGAGCGGCUCACUGAAUCAAAGGGAUGAAUCACAUGUACUAGGUAUGAAGCAGAGAUACGAGAUAAUUGAUUUGCCAUCUGAUGCGAGACCCCUCCUCGUUUUCAUUAACAAGAAGAGUGGUGCUCGGCGUGGAGAUUCCCUAAAGCAACGCCUGAACUUGCUUCUAAAUCCUGUUCAGGGGAGGGGAAUGGGGAAGGAGAUGACUCCAGAAAUUCCAUUUAACUUCGGUGCAAAUUUUGUUGGUUCGGAUCAUGUGGGAUAUUUGAACAUUAUCUUUACUUUGACUAAUGGCACUGCUGAGGUCUUUGAGUUGAGUUCAGUACAGGGUCCGGAAGUAGGACUUUAUCUUUUCAGGAAGGUGCCUCACUUUAGAAUUCUUGUUUGUGGUGGAGAUGGCACUGUGGGCUGGGUUCUUGAUGCUAUUGACAAGCAAAAUUUUGUCUCUCCACCUCCUGUAUCUAUUCUGCCUGCUGGAACUGGAAAUGAUCUGGCCAGAGUACUGUCAUGGGGAGGUGGUUUGGGGGCACUGGAAAGACAAGGAGGUGUCGGGUGUGACGCCAAGGUUGCUCUUGAAAUCCACAAUUUGAGGGAGGAAAACCCUGAGAAGUUCUAUAACCAGUUUAUGAACAAAGUUCUUUAUGCAAGAGAAGGUGCAAAGAAUAUGAUGGACCGUACAUUUGCUGAUUUCCCAUGGCAAGUCAGGGUGGAAGUUGAUGGGGUUGAGAUAGAGGUCCCAGAGGAUGCAGAAGGUGUACUCGUUGCAAACAUAGGAAGUUACAUGGGUGGUGUAGACCUAUGGCAAAAUGAGGAUGAAUCUUAUGAUAGUUUUGAUCCACAAUCUAUGCAUGAUAAGUUACUCGAAGUUGUUAGCAUUUCUGGAACGUGGCACUUAGGAAAACUUCAGGUUGGGCUUUCACGUGCACGCAGACUUGCACAAGGGCAGUUGAUUAAGAUACAGUUGUUUGCUCCUCUGCCUGUGCAAAUAGACGGGGAGCCAUGGCUACAGCAACCAUGUACGUUGAUUGUAUCCCAUCAUGGCCAGGCCUUCAUGUUGAGAAGAGCAGCAGAAGAACCACUUGGACAUGCAGCGGCCAUAAUUGCCGAUGUGCUUGAGAAUGCUGAAACUGACCAUGUUAUCAAUGCUUCACAGAAGCGAGCUCUUCUUCAUGAGAUGGCUCUCAGGCUAUGUUGA